GCAGCUCUAGUAUAUACAUAUGUACAUGUAUUUUGAAGCUUUAAGGGAUAGAUAUUUUUCACUUACUUUUUACCAAAAUUGUUAAUGCGACAUUAAAUAUAAUGCACUCCAUUUCAAGGGCCAAGGGUCUUCAUUGCAUUUGCGUGCAAGUUGCCAAUAGGGCAAUGUGCUCUAACACAUACUUACAGCAUAAAAUUAGAGCUAAAAUUGUUAGUGUUCAGCAAAGUGGUAAAGCCUUGCUUAAUGAUUUGAACAUGAUAAAAAUGGUCCCACCGCAUAGAAAUUUUAAUAGUGUAUUGACAAUUAAAAACGAUGGAAGAUUUUUCUAUAUCGAAACUGAAGGACUAAGAGCCGAAUUGGAGUAUUUUAUUGAAGACGGCAUAAUGGAAAUUCGUCAUACAAGGGUGCCGAAUAAACUGGGUGGUCACGGUUUGGGCAAACUUCUAGCUAAGACAGCUUUGGAUUUUGCUGUGCAAAACAAAUUGUUUUUGACCAUUAACUGUAAAUUUGUGAAAGUUUUUGUUAACGACAACGAGCCCCAAUAUCUGAAAUAUAUAUUGCACUAAUCUCUGCUG